ACCAUAGCAUGAAUGCAAAUCAAAAUCCAUGGCAGUAGUCCAACUUGGCAUGUUCUGUCAUUAAAUCAUUCAUUUGAUGAAAACUUUUACUCAAUACGUCCCUUGACAGCAAAUGCGGAAAACCACUGGGAAAUUUUCUAAAUGGGUUACUAUUGCAGAAAUGAACUCUUCUAGAUAAUAGACUUUGCAUGAGAGCUACAUCUGCUUCAGCUAGUAAUGACUUUGAGUCAGCUAUUAGCCUAUUACUAGGGAGUGAGGGUUGCCUGCAAGUUGAAGCAUAAAUUAUCUGUUUUGUGAGAAAGCGAAGUCAUAGGAUCUAUGCAUAUUCUUUUACUUUUAAUCCGAGGGGUUGGAGCUGUUUGAAGCACCAGAAGAAGCUAUUUAAUAAGGUCUUGGCCUUGGUAAUUGCUACAUCAAUGUACUACUGUUCACUGCGCAUCUAUGGAAUGAUUUCUGCUGAAUGACUUGCUUUACAAAAAGCAUGAUUAUGAUGGUUUAGCUGAUUAGCCAAUCACCUUUCCUCAAGGUUUUUACUGGGCCAGGUCUUUGUGGCUUCAUUUAUUCCUGUAGGUGCCUGGAUAUCAGAGGUUAUAUAUUCUCCUACUCGUUGGAUGCACAGUGAAUUAACUUCUGCAAAACUACUAACAGAAUUUUACUUGGACAAGCAUACAGUACUUGCAAUGCAGUUACGUGUAUAGAACGAACUCAUCUUCCUUGCAGUUAUAUCGACCUAGUCCAAUUAGCUUGGGAUCCUUCUUUAGGGUUUUUAGGCCAAAAAAUGGUUUUUAAGCCCCCGUCAAUUCCUUCUGUCUCUUUGUACUUGGCUAUGUGAGUGUAGACUUUCAUAUUAUUAUUGACUCUCUUUUUAGAGGAAGCAUAUGAAGCAGGGAUUAAAUUGACACAAGGAAUAAUGCAAGUUGGAGUGAGGGAGAAUCUAAUCAAAGUGCAAGUGUUUGGCCACAUAUCUGAGGCUCUAUUCAUACAUGCUAGAAUACAAGCAUUGACAAAGAUUGUGAUGACAAGACGCUGAUGAAUACCUGGAGGAUGGAGCUUUUUCGAAGUCAAAGCCAACAUAAACUGUGAUGCUGCGAAUUGGAAGAGAGAGUGGUGCAAAAGAAUCCUAUUCCAUGAGAAUGAGGUUCUCUCCACCACUAUGACAACACUUUGGUUCCGUUGACUCUUUACAGUGGAAAACUAUGCAUUCAUAUCCAAAACCCUUAGCCUGUGAUGUCCUUCUAAAGCAUUCACUUUUUCUAUUCCUUCUUCAGAAGACUUUUAACAUAUGCUUCUGGCUUUUCAUUUAAAUUCUUCUAAAUCCGGGUGCCUCUUUAUAUGUCUUCUACUUUUCAAGGAGAACGCUGCACGUUUUAAAAUAUGGAUUUGAUUCCGCGGCUUCUUAAAUUUCAAGUCGCCUUCUCCACUCUCCCAUUGUUAUAUAUGCGAACUUCUUGCUUGGUUGUUUUGCACACACUUCCUCCUUCCACCUUCAAGCUGCAAAACAACGAGAGAAGACGGAAGAAUGGCAGCCGCUGCGCAUGCCAAGCUGAGACUAGCUAUUGGUUUUGUCAAAGACCAUGCUUCAGUUGGCAAAGCCAUACUAAACAAGAGAAGUGGGUUGUCCGAGAUUGAAAUCGCUAUAAUUCGUGCAACUGGUCAUGAUAAUAGUCCAGUAGAUGACAAGUACAUGCACGAGAUCCUCUUUCUUGUCUCGAACUUGCCGGAUUCAAUCUUGUUUCUUGCCGAACGGAUUUCUCGACGCCUCAAUACGACGAGAGACCACCAUGUAGCACUCAAGGCACUCUUGUUGACCCACCGCCUCCUUCGCGGAGGCAACCAUGGCUUUGAGUGUCAGCUGCGUAGUGCGCACUUUUCAGGCCAUCUCCAGAUGAGCCCUGGCCAGUGGUUCACAAGAAGCUCCGAUCCCCUGGUUUGCUUUCUUCACAAGUAUGCGGCUUAUCUUAAUGAAAGAAUGGGGUGGAUCAUAAACCCCGGUGGGAAGCUCGAACCUGUUACGGCUCCAGGAUGUGAUUUCGGGUGUUACAGAGAAAGAUCACUGGAAUUAGUAUUUCACAGAUUACCAAAGUGUCAAUUAUUUAUUGACAAGGUCCUGGAAUGUUCACCUUAUGAUGACUUGCCCUCAGAUAGGCUGGCUCAAGCAGCUAUGUGCAACACUUUGAAAGAGAGUUUUCUAGUUUAUACGGCGUUCUGUGAAGGCGUGGCAGCUCUUGUGAACAUGUUCUUCGACUUGACCCUACCAGCAAGAGUCAUAGCUUGUGACAUACUCAAAAAGGCAUCUCAGCAGAGUUUAAAGCUUCAAGAACUGUACGGGAAAUGCAAACGGUCGAUAAGAAUCAGGAACUUGGAGUACCCCUCAGUCGAAGUCAUGACCCUGGAUCACGUUAAGGCAUUGGAGGAAUGCUUAAGCAAUAUCCCCACCGGAGUCUGCAAUUCUCUUAAGAGCACGUCGAUUUCCAAACAUCUGCAUUCAGGUAUGGAUAAAUUAGACGAGGUAAGGGUGAAGAUGGAGUGGAAAGAAAGAGAGGAUGCCAGGCUAAAAACGGGUCUUAGUUAUUCAUCUGCUUCCUUUGUUUCCUGGACGAUGGAGACAAAAAUAAGCAAUGUAUGGGUAGUAUUUGAGGAUGAGGAUGCUAUGGACUCAUCUUGAGAUUAAUGAGAUCAAUAUUUGUCGUUGAUGUACUGCAAAUUUGCACUCGCAAGUGGUUAUAGUCAAGCCCAUUGACGUUUUAAUCUGAAUCACUUUAGACAAAUAACACAGAUCCAGUGAAAAUUAUCUGA